AUGACCACCACGGCUACAACAGUUUCCGCCUCCGAUCAGGCUUCUCAUCCUUCCAAGAUAUAUUGUGCCGGUCUGCAAUGUGGUAGAGAGACAGCCUCCCAAAUGAAAUGCCCUAUAUGUCUUAAACAGGGCAUCGUUUCCAUUUUUUGUGACACAAACUGUUAUGAAAACAACUACAAGGCACACAAGGCUUUGCACAAUGCCAAGGAGGAUUUGGAGGGUGCUUAUGAUCCUUUCCCCAAAUUCAAAUAUGCAGGUAAAGUUAAGGCCUCGUAUCCUUUGACUCCAAAGAGGUAUGUUCCUGAAGACAUUCCAAAACCGGAUUGGGCUGCUAACGGGCUGCCAGUCAUUGAACAAAGAAACGAUAGACUCAACAACAUCCCUGUAUACAAGAAAGACCAAAUUAAGAAGAUUAGAAAAGCAUGUAUGCUAGGUAGAGAGGUCCUCGAUAUCGCUGCUGCUCAGGUCAGACCAGGCAUCACUACAGAUGAAUUGGAUGAAAUUGUUCAUAAUGAAACUAUCAAGAGAGGUGCUUACCCUUCCCCACUUAACUACUAUAAUUUUCCUAAAUCCCUUUGUACCUCUGUUAAUGAAGUCAUCUGUCAUGGUGUGCCUGACAAAACUGUGUUGAAAGAAGGUGAUAUUGUCAAUUUGGAUGUUUCCUUAUACUAUCAAGGCUACCACGCUGACUUAAACGAGACCUAUUAUGUCGGUGAGAAUAUUUCUAAGGAAGCCCUCAACACCACUGAGACAUCAAGAGAAUGUUUGAAGCUUGCCAUUAAAAUGUGUAAGCCAGGUACCACCUUUCAAGAACUGGGUGAUCAUAUUGAAAAACAUGCCACCGAGAAUAAGUGUAGUGUAGUCAGGACUUAUUGUGGACAUGGUGUUGGUGAAUUUUUCCACUGUUCCCCAAAUAUUCCUCAUUACGCUAAGAAUAGAACGCCUGGUGUUAUGAAACCAGGUAUGGUUUUCACAAUCGAACCAAUGAUUAAUGAAGGUACUUGGAAGGAUAUGACAUGGCCUGACGACUGGACUUCUACUACUCAAGAUGGUAAACUAAGUGCCCAAUUCGAACAUACUCUGUUGGUUACCGAACAAGGUGUUGAAAUCCUGACUGCAAGAAAUAAGAAAUCUCCAGGUGGUCCAAGACAAAGAAUCAAAUAG